UUAAUUCACCGCUGUUCCCUACUACGUAUGAGCAGACCAUUACUGGUAUGUGGUCUGCGGCAUUCUUGUUCCCAGAGCUGCGAUCCUUUCACCGCGGAUCGAUCUGCGGCGCUGACCAAAAGGAUUGCAGCUCUAGGAUCGAGAAUGGGUCUUAUGGGUGACUCAAUGAUUUUCAAAAGUUUUCGACCUUCAAAUUAUAACGGACGAUGUUGCGUGAUCAUGAAAUACCGACAUAAACAAAAUCUUACCAACAGGGCUAAAUGGCUCUCGAAAUACAUUCAUUUUAUGAACAAAAAGCUCAUGUGAUGUUCAUGUUCAUUAUUUGGCUCUCGGCUGGGAUCACUUCGCUUAGAGAGCAAAAUUCGCCAUGACUUAAAUCGAUGAAAAAUAUUUUUUAAGUUAAGGGACCAUACUCCAUAGCCAUGAGAAUUUUGGUUAUUCAAAAGACGUGAUCAAAGAAGACGAGUUCUUCAAUAAAAGCAGUUUAAACCCAUUUCACCGUUAGCUGGUACCCCAAACCUUACGGCCUGUAGUGAUUCCAAGAGCAAUAAAAUAUCCAAACAAACAGAUUUAACUCAACCAAUUUGAUUGCAAACGUAGCAUGGCCGCCGUUAUCAAAAGCACAUGGUCAACCUAUCCCAGCAUACUUAGCGACCUAAUACAUUUCACGGCCUAUCCACAAAUUCAUGAUGGCGGGGGGCCCGGGAGGGGUCCAACUGCGUUGAAUAUUGCUGCAUGACAAAUUCCUCUCCCUAGGCCCUUACCCUUCAUCCGACACUGAAACCUUUGCCCCAUUUGUCACAGUAUCGUCAUAUUUUUAUCAUCCUCAGCAAUGAUGCACAACUUUGAGAAAUACACUGUAGGACAAGUUGAAGCACUUCCUGCCAAUAAAAAUUUUUAUGACUAUGACGUAAGUAUUUUAUGUAUGUUAGUCUAACAGUGUUGUUUUGAUAAGUUGUCUUGAAUACCUUACUUACUAUUUCAAUUUGUCAUGCUUGUGGUAACCGUAUUGUGGAAAACAAGGCUUUAAUGGUGUUCGCAUUGUCAUUAAUUGUAGCAGCGGACAAGCUUGGGUUAAGUUUUUUUUAGUUUUACUUAAGGUGGCUAGAACCUAUUUAUGUGCGUGUUGGUUAUGUUUUUGAUUUGCGUUUUUCAAAAUAAAAGAUUAAACCGAUUUCUAUGAUUUUUGGCGUACCAAAUAAAUCAUCAUGGAACUUUAAGAGAAUUUUAUUUGUUUUCUUGUUGGUAUAAAAACCUUUGAGAUAUCGGCAUAUAUUUAAAACCGCAUUUUUACGAAAAAUGUAAGUAACUUCGAAAUCCCACGACAGAUUUUUCCCUAACUUCAGCAAAUAAGCCUCAGAGCUCUCUAGUUUUACAUCCUCCUCGGAUGCUUUGUUGCUUGCAACGCCAACUUAUAGAAGUAGGGUUACAUUAGGAGACAGAUCAUUCCAGGUCGCAGCUCCGGCACUUUGGAAUGUAUUACCGCGUGAGAUUCGUUCUAUUACAGAUCUAGGGAUUAAUAAGUGCCAUCUGAAAACGCGCAUCUUUAGGGAAGCUUUUUAUUAAUUUAUUAAUUUUUAUCACGAUAAUUACUAGUAUCUUCACAUAUGUUGUAUAUUUUAAUCUUAUCAUAGUAUAUUUUAAAUAAUUAUUAGUUAGAUACCCUGUAUUAAACUAUUAUAGAUAGAAAUCAUGUAAUGCGCGCCUGAUCAUUACAUGGAAAGCACGCAAUAUAAGAAUUAAAUUAUUAUUAUAAUAUCAUAGGUGACGAAUUACUCCUUAAUUUUGGCGCGAAAUUUCAGCGUUAAUUUGUAAUUUCACAUGUGAAAUUACCAAAUUGCCAUGGCAACCUGCCGUACGUCUCCGUUUCAAGAUGGCGAGGAAGUUUUAAAAUGUCAUGAAUGAAGAUGUCGGAGCAUAAAAAGACGCUUUAGAAAACCUGGACACACGAAAGAGCACAUCAAGAAGGAUUCUUAGAGGUAGAUUGUGGAAAAAUUCUGAAAACUUAAUCCAUAUUUUAGCUCUAAACGUUUGAGAGAGCGGAGUUCACAAUCGAUCGAUACGAUCCAGGAUAAAAAAGUCAAAAAUCCUCGAUUGCUAACGCAAUUCGUCACCCAUGAUAUUAAUAGGUAAUCAAAUGGUAUACUCGUGAAAUUAGGGAAUAAUUUCACUUGCGUUUUGUCCAAUUCUUAAUAAUUUCCCUCGCCUAAAGGCGCGGGAAAUUAUAAGGAUUUGGACAAAACGCGCGUGAAAUUAUUCCCUAAUUUCACUCGUCACCAUUUGAUUACACAUACUUAUUAUUAUUAUUAUUAUUAUUAUUAUUAUUAUCUGCAAGUUUGAAGGCAAUCGUGACCGUAGAACUCGCUGCACAAAAUGCUGGUCAAAUUUAACCUUAAAAUGCUACACUAACAAAUUGGUGAAAGUUGACGCACCAAUAGAGUAGAGUGCCGACAGACUCCUAUCUGAAAGGAUAUUCUUACCUAAAGCUUUAUUGCAAGAAACAGAGUAACCAGGAACCUACGGCGAACAUAGUUAGCACUACAAGAAGAACAACUUUAUGCUGUGUGUGCCGUAAUAUUAAAGAACUUCUAUUCAUCAAACUUACGCUGUAUUUGUCCCUCUCUUUUGGAAACAAAUCUUAACAAUGCUCCCGCCGUAAGUUUCUGAUUAAAAUUGUAAUGGUUAUGAUUACAAUGGAAAAACUGAGCUAUUUGUGUUUGUAUUUUAUUUUUGACGUUCAUGUUCUCUAACUCUCUACACUUUUUUCCUGUAGUCCUGUCUUCACUACAACAAUCACGCAUUUUCUCAAAAUGACCAGGACACAAUUGAAUCGAUAAAGGAUCCAAGCAGGAGGUUUGGGCAAAGACAGUUCUUCAGUAAACACGAUAUACAACAGAUCAACGAACUCUACAACUGCGAUGUUCCUCACUUAAGUGAGAAAUUGCAAGACGUCACGUGGGAAUAA